AUGGUAACAGCAGCGGAUCUGGGCCCGAUAUCAUCUCAGUAUGCUGCUGCAGCGACAGUCCCUUUGAUCAAAUCCCCUUCGUUAUGGUUACCUAAGCCGAUCGAAAUGCCAAAUGAUAUUCACCCGUUGCCUGAGGAUAUAACGGCCUAUUUCGUCUACCCCUUCACACUAGAAGACCACGUCCUGUCCGUCCAUCCUUCACCUUCCGAGGUGAUUUCUCAAAGACGAGCGAGAAACGCCGAAAUACUUCAUAAGCGGGAGGUAGAGGAAGAGCAGAAAGAGAAAGAAGCGUUACGAAAGAUCGCUCCUGGAUACAAUCCAUCUUCGGUCCUCCUCCCUUCAGCUUCAAAUACACCUAAAACAGCUCAAUCCAUACCAUCCACAUUCGAUUCUCUCAUGCAGAACGCCUCGCAGCAGCAGAGCAACGCUGGAACGAUAGAUCCGAUGGAUGAUCUGGUAUCUCAGUUGGAAGAGAUGGAAGCGAAGAAAUAG